AUGGCGGUUGCAGACAAAAUGAAGAGCACGUGGCAGCAGAACAAGAUGGUCGCCUGGGCGAUUGUGGGCGGACUCGCCAUUGGGGCGUACCUGUACACGAAGCCCAAGCCCAAGCACGACGACUUCCAUGGAUCCGACUCGUGGAACAAGAACAUGGACAAGAACAGCCCCAAGAAGUGAUCACUUUGCUUUCGAGUGGAUUGUGCGACGGCAUCCACGGUUAACCACGGUUAACCACGUAAUUUACAUAUGCGCACUGAAGAGGCAGAAAGUGCAACCAACUUCACCUCGA